GCCCCACGAAAUUUUCUCAUUGGACUUUCAUCGGCCAUUAUUCCAUCAGAACUUUGCCAUAAGAGGAGUUUCAAUCCUUCGCUGUAAGUAACUACAGUCCAUGCCAAGAACAUGCUUUAAAGCCGCGAUGUUCAUGGUGUGGCUGGCUGGCUGGUUUUUGGUAAUGAUUGCAUCGCCCUCAAGUUGGGUGGUCUUUGUGCCUGACCUGAAAAUAGCAGUGUGCCGACUGACUUUUAUGGACUGGGCCGAUUUGCUAAGCCAAACCACUUUUCUCGAUCAACUCUAGAUUGAUGUACAGCUAUAAUUGGAUCAACAUAGGCAAUGCAUCUCACAAAGCAAUACAAAUGGCAAGAUAUAGUUUUCGAACUUUGAG